CGACUUUUCCGUGUAAGGAAUUAAUUUGACGCGAAACACGUUUUUUUUCGUCGGACAUUUGUCGCCCGAAGCCACCGAAUAUAAAAACGGAAUUGAUGGUGUUCUAACUCAAGGAGAGGGAGGAUUUUAUCUCCAGCAUUGCAACCAACAACCAGCGAAAGUGUCUGCAGAUUUGUAUAGCGGAGAUGGCAACAAUCAGCAUACCUCAGAGGGAAAUGUACGUCCAAUCGGAGCCAUACGAGGAAGAGCUCACCUGUAUGGGCGUUUUCCGGAAUGACAGUAAUCUGGCAGUGGAUUCGUCGGAAAGAAACUUUCACAUCUUCAACUCGGGUCAGUUUGACUAUUACAGUGACGCAUUCAUCGGACCGAAAGCCGGGGUCAACCAAAUUGUUCUCAUGAGCGAACAGAUAGCUAUGAUCCGAGGCGAGGAUGGAUUUCUGCGAGCAAUGACGAAAUCAUCCCGGGGCUGGAGGAGGUGGACCAGAUGGAAGUGUGUCAAAGCCGUGGUUGUGCAAGAGGAGCCCACCCAAUACACCGUGCAAAAUGUGACUAUUCAUAAAAAUAUUUAAAUGAGUAUAUCAUAGUGCACAAAGA